AUGAAGUUUGAGAAAGAGAUUAAGAAGAUUGAUAACAUGGUCGGUAAUGGGACGUAUGAUGGGACAGUGGAAGCAAGAAGGAGGGCACUAGUUACUUGUUGCGAGAAAUGGUAUGUGAGGAAAGAACUACAUUGGAAGCAGAUGUCGAGGUCGAGGCAUGCGAAGGACAUGGAUAAAAACACGAGAUAUUUCCACAACUUAGCUUCUGCGAGAAAGAGGAAUAAUAGGAUUGAUGAUCUGAUUAUUAAUGGAAGAUUGAUAAGGAAUCAAGUUAGGAUUAAGAUUGCUAUCACGGAGUUUUAUAAGGGCUUAUAUCAUCAAGAGAAGUCGCCUAUGGUGGAUUUCAGAGAUGGUCUAGUGGAAAGGAUUAGCGAGGAGGAUGCUUUGGCUUUAGAGAUGCUACCAACACCUGAGGAGGUUAGAGAGGAAAUGUGGGAUUGUGAAUCUUCCAAGGCUCCAAGAAGUGAUGGCUACAACAUGAAUUUCAUUAAGAAGUGUUGGGAUGAAAUCAGCUCGGAGUUCACGACAGCGAUACUGGGCUUUUUCCAAUCUUUCAGGUUGCUGCCAGAUGCUAAUGUCACUUGGGUGGUGCUGGCCCCCAAGUUUACUGGUGCUAAAGAAAUCAAAGAUCUGCAUCUGAUAAGUAUGGUGGGAUGUGUGUAUAAGGUAAUCUCAAAGUUCCUGGUUAGGAGAAUGAGAGAUGUUAUGCUAGGGUUAGUAGGCGAGAUGCAGAGUACGUUUGUCAAGGGUCGGAAGAUUCAUGAUGGGGUCCUCAUUGCAUGUGAAACUGUUCAGUGGAUCAAACAGAGGAAGAAGGAAGCAGCAAUAAUAAAGCUAGACUUCUGA